AUUUGGGUGACCUUCAACGCAACCGAAAGAAAGAGAUUGUGAAAGGACAUCCUUCUUCGUGAGGCAAAUGUAAAGGGCAUGUCGGGUCUUCUACUCAAAAGCCGAGAUGAUUUUGACACGUCUUACAAUCGAAGAGAUGCGAUGUCCGACGACCAACUGGCUCAAAUAUUUAAUUUCCAACAAGAAGACAUUUCCGAGAUUGAGGAAGAGCUCGAGGAUCACGAUGACGAUGGGGAGCCGGCAAUAGUCGAAGAGGAACAAGGCGACGAGAAAACCCCUGACGAGGAGGAGGAAGAAGAUGUUGGUCCAUCCCAACCAGGUAAAAAAUUCAAAUAUGUUCUUUUUAUAAAACAUUUUGAUAAGAAAAAGAAUAUGCCGACAAUAAGUGGUAUGCAACUUGCAAACAUUGUAAGCAAGUAUUGAGCUUGGGGUGUCGAUGGGAUACAACGGCGCUCAUAGGCAUUUGAAGGCCCGAUACCCCACAGAGGCGACGAAACUGAAAGGCAAGAGGACACAAAUACAAAUAUCGAGGUAGGGUUUUUCAUCAGCGUUGUGCAUGCCAUAUUCUUAGUUUAUGUGUGAAAGAUGGUUUAACUGCGAUAGGAACUGUGGUGGAGAACGUGAAGUGGGCUGUUAGGCUUAUUUGGGAUAAGACUCAUUUGCUUCCAUGAUUGAUUGAAGGCCCGACAUAGAACUCAAAAACUUUGCAUCACCCCCGACCGCCACUUCAUGGAGAAAACGACAAUAGACAAUAGACGCUGGCGGAAGUUCUGACGAUUAGCAUUGAUGUUUGGAAUUAUUCUCAAUCCUUA